AUGUCCGCCGAUGCUCAGCCAAAUCCAAAGCAACGUGCUAAUAUCGUUUACCCGCCGGAGCCGCCAAUUGGUCUGCCGACGCGUGAGAAAGCCACCGUCGGAGCUUUGGUGAGCAUCGUCGGCCCUGUGCUGAGCCAGUCUGCACAAGACCCAGUGAUUCUUCAGUGUGUGGUUUGUGGAGACCGAGCCUGCUCUCAUCUGUACUACGGAGUCGCCGCCUGUCAUGGAUGCAAGUGCUUCUUUUGGAGAACCGUCAAGAGCGGUCUCACCUACUCCUGCCGUUUCGACGGCAAAUGCUCAAUUUCAACAGGUUAG